CCCUUUCUGUACUUCGCCCUUCCACACUUCUUACUGACAUUUCAGCUGUGGCUGUCAACGGGAACUAGCAACGAGAGCAAACUACACAGUACAGAGAAAAACAACCUCUUGCAUCUGUAGCUAUUGAACUGGCUGUUAAUGAUCUGGUUCAUUUGAGAUUAUGAGGAACUGCAGUGGCUUGGCUGCAUGUCAGCAGCUCUGAAAAGUCUCUUCUGAAGCUUUUUUUCUGAUCUUCCUGGACUGAACUCUGCUGAACCUGAAGCAGGUCUGGAAUGCGUCUAACACUCUUCACCCACUGGACAGCUUUCUACAAGAUACAACUUUCUAUCAACAAACAACAGGUGAUUUUUUUAACCAGGGGAGUUACAGCUAACUAAAGGAACCAUGAACUCCACUUUUAAACCAGAAACAGGCAACAACUCAACAUGCGUUAACAUUGGAGAGAGUGUUGUCAGUAACUUGCUGAUGUCUGUUUACAUACUGGCCUUUGUUUUUGGUUUGAUCUUCAAUGUACUGACCCUGGGCCCCAUCAUUCAACAAGUGAGGCAAAAAAAUGUCCUGGGAAUCUUCCUGCUCAACCUGUCUAUCUCUGACUUCCUUUUCAUCAUCACUAUGCCCCUUUGGAUAAAUUAUUACCGGUUUAACCACCGCUGGAUGCUAGGUUCUGGGUCCUGCAGUGUAGCUGGCUUUGUCUACUACUCUAAUAUGUAUAUCAGCAUCUACCUGCUUUGCUGUAUCUCUGUAGACCGCUGUCUGGUGGUCAGCUACCCACUCCGCUUCAAGACACACCGAACUUCUUGCUACGCCUGGAUGCAGUGUAUCGUAGUUUAUGUGGUAGUGGUGGUGAUACACAUCAUAAUGCUGGUCUAUGAUAAUCUCACAGACGCCCAUGAUGAGAACAACAAUAAUGACCGUUGUUAUGAGACCUACCCCAUGGAGAAGCCUAUUGCUCUAUUCAACUUGCUCAGAGUAGGCUUGGGCUUCCUGCUACCCCUGCUAGUGCUGGCAGUGAGCUACUGGAGGGUGUUAGCCACUGUGGGCCGAAGUCCCGGCCUGAGCGCCCAGGUUAAGAGGAAGGUCCGUCUUCUCUCCUUUGGAGUCAUUGGGAUCUUCUCAGUUUGCUUUGCUCCAUAUCAUAUUCUUUUGCUCAUACGCUCACUAGUAUUUUAUAAUAACAAUUUUGAUAAGAGUCACAAUGGGAGUUACUGCAAGUUUGAAGAACAAAUGCACUUCUUCUUCUCCUGUACGCUUGCACUGUCCAGUUUGAAUGCUGUGGUGGACCCAGUGCUGUAUGUGUUGGUGAGUAAUGGAGUCUGGGAGCAGAUGAAACUAACCUGGAGAUGCCGCAGACGGACUGAACAAGAAGACUGUGCACUAACUGCUUACAAAGGAGGAAAAGCUGCCACUACUGCCACUACUAAUUUAAUAUGAAUAAUAAGCUAUAUGUGAUAGACAUGUGUACAAUUGUAUGUGUGUGAGUGUGUAUUGAGAUAUUAUAGGAUUUGGCAUGGCAGCUUUUUCAAGUAAAGUCUUCCUCUCAUGAGUUAAGUAACGGGAUUAUUUCCAUCCCACUUGUGUAUGUUAUUUUGUGUAUGUAUAAAAGGCAAUCUUUGUUGUUACAUUUGUAUGUUAUAUCGAGCACAGUGUAAGGAGGAAGCUGAAUAAUGUAUGCAUCUGAGUCCUGGUUAAUGUGAUAUUAGUCUCGGGUUCUGCUCUCCCACGAGUUCUUCAGUGUAAGCCACUUCUGGUUUUGUUGUUAGACACUGUUGCUGCAACUGAAGAGCCAUUGUAUUUUUUUUUGUCCAAUCUAUGCAAUCAUAGCGUGACUGAGCAACCCUGAUAUAUUUAAAUAUGCAUUACCUCCAAUGCAUGCCAUACAAAGCCUUUGUUAGCAUAACUUUGUGUGCCCAGUGUCUGACAUAUUUAACAAGAAAUAAAUCAGUAUUAUGUC